AUGGCUACAAACGGUGUGUCUUCGCUGAGCGAAGCAUUCGGCGGCAAAUGGUCAGACUCGCCCUUGCCCAUCUGGACUCGACUGGCGAACGCCGCACGGGAUUACCCUGACAAACUCGCCAUAGCUUGUCUCCACCAACCUACCAGACUUUAUGGCAUACAAAGCUCGCAGUAUGCUGUGCACGGUUUUGACAAACACUUGCAAUGGUCAUAUUCUCAACUGAGCUCCACUGCCGAGCGCUUGGCUGCUGGACUACAAGCCCAGGGCCUUUCUUCCGGAUGUUCCAUAGUCACGAUCUUGAGGAAUGGAGUCGAGUUUCCUAUGGCCUUCUGGGCUGCUCACAAGCUUGCAUGUCCAUUCGUGCCGCUUAGCUCACGGACCCUCACAAAUGCCGUUCAGACUCGACAUAUGCUGACGGUUGCUGAUGUCUCUGCCGUCAUCGUGGAGGACCUGGAGUCUGCGGCGGCGUUCGAUCAAGUGUGGCAUGCAGGGGCUCGGAAAGUCGUCAAGAUUGUAGCAGGAGAGAAGAGCUUCGACGGAUGGACCAGCAUUUCGGAACUCCUGGAGAUCGGGUCAAGGGCGUUAUCAGUCCAGAACGGCGAGAACGGGACGCUGCAUGCGCUCGAGCCUGAGCACAGCUCAGAGUCCGCGAACACUGUGACAAUACUGUUCACCAGUGGCACUACAUCACUGCCAAAGGGCUGUCCCCAUACAAAUCUCACCCUCAAUGCCUUCUCCAAGCUUCUCAGCAUCGGAGGCGCCUCUCCACAGGACAUCUUCUGCUCAGUUCUCCCAAACAGUCAUGCCAUGGGCUAUUUCUUCGUCCUCCACUUCUUCAUGAACGCCGGCACCGUCGUCUACCCAUCCGCGACCUACGAGGCAUCCACCAUGGCGCAGGCCCUGGCCGCUCACCGCUGCACCCACGCUACACUGGUCCCGACUGCUCUCCACAGCCUGCUCGAGUGGAUCGAGCCUUCCGGUCUUCUCUUCCCUGAUCUCAAGGAUCUCUGCUUAGCGGGGUCCUCUAUCACGCCGCAAAACAUACGCUCUGUGGUCCGUGAUCUGGGCGCUCAGGGGGUUUCGACUGGGUAUGGCACUACUGAGGGCACACCGGUGUGGAAUGCACCGGUCUCGGACCCGGAGCUGCUCAUCAGGGGCGACGACGUUAUCUGUGGAUCUGCUGUGCCGGGACAGCACGUGCGCAUUUGUGCGCCGAACUCGACGCAGGUCAUGCCGAGAGGCCAGCCGGGUGAAGUUCAUGAGAGUGGGCCAGGGAUGAUUGCUGGUUACCUCGGAGAGAAUGUCGGGAAAGAUUCUUUCUACGUGGAUGAUGACAAGACUUGGUACAAGACUGGCGAUAGUGGUGUAAUGUGGGAUGAUGGGCGUGUGUCUGUUGUCGGAAGAUUCAAAGAUAUGAUCAUCCGAGGUGGUGAAAACAUCGCCCCUGCAGCGAUCGAGGUCGUCCUCAACCAGUUCCCUGGAGUCGAGGCUCAAGUCGUUGGCGCAUCAGAUACAUUCGCAGGUGAGGUGCCCGUUGCGUUGGUACGAGCCCUCCCACCAGGCGACAAUCCGGCGGGCCAACUCCAGGAAGCGGUUCGCAACCACAUGGGCGUGUUGCACGUGCCUGAUGAAGUGAUUACCCUUGCUUCCCUUGGGCUCGACGACUACCCACGCACCAUUUCUGGAAAGAUACAAAAGGCUGCACUUCGAGUUAUCGUUGCAGCUUACCGGAAAAACCGCGAAACAAAGCAUGAUUCAGCAGCCGUUUCAAUCGACGGUGACGCCAUUCCUCAUACCAACGGUCACAUGAAUGGCAACACUAAUGGCACCGUGCGUCGUGAUUCCGGGACCAUUGAGGAUAGAGACGUCGAGCAGACAGUGCUCCACGUAUGGUGGAGAGCCACUGGUAUUGAGCCAUCAAAACUCGACAAGCAGACUCCCACCUUCAACUAUGCAGAUUCGAUCACGCUCAUGCGUGUAAGAGCUUUGUACCGCAAAGAGCUUGGUGUCACGCUCACUGCAGUUGAGAUGUCGCAGAACGCAGACAUCCAAAGUCAGAUCAAUGCGCUAGAACGCAAAGUCUCGCAGUCUCAAAAGCAUAACAUCGCACAACUUCCUCACUUCGAGAACGCGCGGACACUGGACGAACUCCAGGUUGUCCUCGGGCCCGAAAAUGACGCCCGAACAUUCAAGGAAACCGCAAGCAGGGCCCUGGAGAAGCAAGGCUUCAACUUUGAUCAAGACGUGGAGUCCGUCAUUCAGAUGAACGAUUUCAUUGAUGUGCUGGAGCGCGAGAAACUCAUCAACACGUGGAACUUUGGCAUUUCCAUCGUGGCAGACGGCUCAACGGUGCAGGAAUUGAGAACAGCUUUGACGGCCGCUCUGACUAACAAUUCGCUAUGGACGUCAUUUUAUGUGCAUGGGGAUAGCGGGGCGCCUAUCUAUGUUACGAUGAAGCCCCAGAAGAAGCUGUAUGACCACGUCUUGAUUGAGAAUGGGUCCGUGAAAAGUGUUGCGGAGCUGCAGCAGAUUGCUGUGGAGUACCCACAUAGAGAGCAUUCGGUGUUCCCUGGGCCUUUAUUCCAUGCACUCCUGUACGAUAUCGAAGACAUCAAGUCUGCCGGUUUCGUUAUGUAUGUCCAUCACAUUGUCCACGACGCUUCGUCAAUGCGUCUGUUCUUCGAAGAUAUAAACAAAGCACUACUCGAGCCAGCCCGACCAUUAGCUCCACACGUGCCAUACCAGCUAUGGUCAGACGUCUACCACUCCUUGCGCAACUCUCCCCGCGCCACAAUGGAGGUAAAUUGGCACGUCAAGCGCCUCUCCAACAUCCACCUCCACCGCAAAGCCCUCUACCCGCCCGCCCACGUGCCCCGCCAGGAAAUCCAAACCUCCCCCGACGGCAUCGACUACGGCUUCGACGCGCCCGCCCUGCUCAACCUCAAGCGCCACCACUCUCACAUCACCGCCUCGGUCGUCCUCAAGGCCGCCAUGGCCCUCGUCAACGUCACACGCACAAAGCACACCCACGCCCUCAUCUCCAACUACGAAGCCGCCCGCUCCUCGUUCCCUUUCUGGCCAGACACCCUGCGCCACCUGCCCGGCCCAAAUGGAAGUACGCUCGCGGAUCUGGAUGCGAGCGACGUCGCGGGCCCGACGAUGAACGCCGUGACCAACGUCAUACCCGUCGACCCUGCCGAGACCACGCUCGCCUUCCUGAACCGCCUCCAGGACGAGCAGCUCGCCCUCACCGCCCACGGUCACGCCCCCUGGCGCCGCAUCAUAUCCGCUCUCAACGCGCUGCACCCCGGCGAAAACGCGGGCGAGCUCGUCUACGAGACGCACCGCACCCAGUUCCUCACGUGGGUGCCGGGCGCGCUGGGCGAGUACGAGCGCAUGCGCAUCGCAGCCAUUGCGAUACGCGCGGCGCUGGGCUUGGUGUUUGUGGCGGGUUUGGGCGGGCCGAGGGCAACGAGCUAUGGGAUCAGUCUCCGGUGGGACGUCGCCAACUAUAGUGCUAAGGAGACGAUGCGGUUUGUGCAGGAUGCGGAGAGGGCGGUGCUGUGGAUGUUGGAGGAGGGCAAUUGGGGUAGGGGCGUGGGUGAGUUCCUGGCCACGGUUGAGGAGCCUGCGCCUACCGCGGUAUCCUCGGAGAAGACGGCGAAGGGCGACUGCGAGGGUGUUGGGCAAGCUACCAACGAGACAUUUGAGCUCAUCAAGGAGAGCGAGCCUGUGCACAGCGCGCCUGUUGAGGGCAAGGUUGAAGAGCGAAAGUUUCGGGGGUCCAAGGUUGAAGAACUAGAGGUCGAGGGGUCAAAGGGUGACGAGUACAAGGUCGAAGCGGGAAACGCUGUAGCACACAAGGUCGAAGAUCCCAAAGUUGAAACAAAGGCUGACGAGAGCCUGCCGGGAGAGAAGGUGUCUCUUGAAAGCACGCCGGUUUCGAGCUCCCUCGUCGACAGCGUCCACCUUGAUGACAAGGUUGGGGGCAAGCCCGUUGAGGUUUAAAUUGUUAGAUAGGCUAUUUUGCUUUAUAUGGCGCUGCGGU